GCGAGCAGGAACUCAUCCCAGGGGUGAAUUCCUGAAUUUCAGAGCUGAAUUCUUGAGUCGUUCUCAUUCCAGGGAAUCGAACUCAUCCCAGGGGUGAAUUCCUGAGCCCAGAGCUGAAUUCUUGACCCGUUCUCAUUCCAGGGAGUGGAACUCGUCCCAGAGCUGAAUUCCUGAAUUCCGGAGCUGAAUUCUUGACCCGUUCUCAUUCCAGGGAGUGGAACUCGUCCCAGAGCCGAAUUCCUGAAUUCCCGAGCCCUUCUCAUCCCAGGGAGCCGAUGGAACCCCGGACCUUUCCCACCACGAAGCUGCUCCUGCUGGGGCUGAGCCUCCUCCUGUGCCUCGGAGCCGCCGAGGCUCUCCGGUGCCACCUGUGCAAGUACAAGGUCCCCUUGGUGGGCUGCCUGCGAGGCGCCAACGUGACGAGCUGCGAGCGCCGGGAGAAGUGUGCGCUCAUCAAAACCUCCCUGGGUAAGAUGACCCUUUACUACCAGCAGGGCUGCACCUCGGCCCUGAACUGCGGCCGGGAGCGCGCGUCGGACGCCGAGUCCCGGCUGAGCUCCCGCUACUCCUGCUGCGAGACCGACCUGUGCAACGAGGAGUGGGGCGAGGAGCGCCGGGACUGACCCGCCCUGGCGUGGGACCGCGGUUCGGGGGCGCCCCGAGCUGAUCUGACCCGGGGCUGCCCUCGCCAGGGGCAAAAAUGAGGGCUCGUUCACCACGCAAUUCCCUCGAGAAUGCUAUUUGUGAAAGAAAAUCACAAAAAUA